AUGGGGUGCCAUGGGGAGUCCUGUGACUGCUUCAGACUGGUCUCAACCUGCCACCUCAGACAGAUCCCUUCUUGCCUCCGGCUCUUCUUUCUCAUCCGAGAUACCCUCCGUGGCCUCGCCAGCUCCUGGUGGAGUGGAGUUCUCCUGCUGUCUCUCCUCCUCUCCUUGGAGCAGACCACAGCAUCGUAUACCGCCAAGAUCAAACAUAAAGUGGGGGAGUGUCCUCCGAAGCGGUUGGAAUGCAAAAAUGAGAGUUUGAGCUCCUGCAUAACAGACUUCAACUGUGAGGCGCAUUUCAAGUGUUGCCAUUUUGCCUGCGGGAAGAGGUGCAUGGAUCCCUACGAAGAGCCCUGCAUGUUACCUGCAGACAAAGGAGACUGUUCCAGCAAUUUGAUGCGCUGGUAUUUUGACUCUGAGAAGCACCAGUGCAGGGCCUUUAUAUACAGUGGAUGCCAUGGGAAUUCGAACAACUUCCUCAGCAAGACUGACUGCAGGAAUGCUUGCAUGUUAAUUGAGAAGAAAGGACAGUGCCCGCUGUUCCCUUUCCAAAUGCGGAUGGAGUGCCCAGCCUCCUGUAAGAAUGACAUGGAUUGCCCGGACAAGGAGAAAUGCUGUGAGUCCAAGUGUGGCUUUAUCUGUGCCCAAGCCUGGCUAGUCAAAACAGGCUUCUGCCCGAGGAAGCCCGUUGUGUGCUCUAAGAUCGACAAGCCCAAGUGCCUGCAGGACAGCGACUGUCCUCUGGACGAGAAAUGCUGUACACGCUGUGGACUGAAGUGCUUGGAGCCCAGACACUGA